AUGGAUAUAAGCGUGAUCUCCAGUCACCAGCUGCCCUUUGCCAUUGGCUCCAGCAAGAAUUUUGGCUGGUGUCCCACCAUGGAUCUGAUCUCGUUCCAACUGAGCGAAAACGCCCUUUGGAUCUACAGAUUGGGUAACCAGCGGGUGUGGAACAUAGAACUUGACGAAGACCAGGAAAUUGAAUGUCUUUGUUGGCGACCUGACGGGAAAGUGUUUGCGGUGAUAUCCACACAGGGCCAUGUCAAUCUGUUCGAUUCCAGCAGCGGAAAGCUCAUGCUCAAGUUCAAAAUUGGAUCAUCUAUUGAAACUUGCAGUUGGUACAAUCGCCUCAGCACAUUUGAUACCUCAAAUCAGUUUGAAAAACUGUUCGACAUGAACCUCACAAACUCGCUCCCCAAACUUACGUCCUCCCAUAGCUCCAAAAAACUUGUCAACGACGACCAAUUGAUCAAAUGUGAGGACUCGUCGCUAGAUUUUCUCAUCAUUGGCUCGGAAAACGGGCUCAUCUCCAUAGUGUUGUACGGAAUCUUUAUCAUUGAGAAUUUCCAGCUGCCGCAGCUGGCGAACUCGUACUCCACUUUCCUUGAUAUCCACUCAUCCAAGAAUCUUGGCUCGCAUUACAUUCUGGUGGAAAAACAUGAUGGUUUGUUCAUUAUCAAGUUGGCUACCACGUUUGUGGAAACAUAUGGUACGCUUCUCCCGCGCGUGUGCCUUGCAUGCUCGAAACUUGUUGGGCUGUUGACUUACAUCAAAGAACUCAUUGACGACCUCGAAAACGAAAGCAAGCCUUUCGCUGACUACACAACAAGAAUAUUGGCAUUAUUGAAAAGCGAGAUCGAAACAAAGUCAAACUCUGAAGGCGCAGAUGUUGAUCCUGUUUACGACUUGUACGACUUGUUACUAACAGGAGUUAUGUCCGAAGCCACCAAGGCUUGGAUCAGCGAUUACCUAGGAGAUCGUGGUCUUAAGAGAUGGAUCAAGUUGGGGAAACAAUAUUUUGAAAACUCCAGGAAAAACCUCUUUUACAACUUGAUCCCUGCUUUGGAACACACGCUUGUCUAUUUGACGGAUCUUAAUGGACUUGCAAACUGGAAAGAAAAUGAGAGAACAUUGGGGCUGCAAAGCCAACUCCUUGUUGAAGCCAUUGAUUUGGCGUCCGACCUGCUACAAGCGCUAUACCGAACCAUGCUAAGGCUGAACGACGAACAACAGAAUUUUGACAGUUUUGUUCAAUGGCUGAAUUCGAUCUUGGUCGAGGUGACAUCGGGUGAUAAGAGCUCAGAUAUCAUCAAAACUAAAGAAGUUAUUGAGUUUCUGACCAAAGGUCUUAAAACCACGGGCGAAAACAACCACGAACUGUACGACAACCUGAAAGAUGUGUGUGAGCGCUUCUUUGAUGCCAUUAAAAGUAACAUGAAGCUGAAGAUGGAGUCGUCUCUUGUUGUGAAGAUUGGGGAGGUUGGGUCGACGCAUUCAUCGUUGAAAAUUCUUGGAGAAGAAGAGUUUGGACUUGUCGUGCUGCAACGCGACAACUGCGGAGAGCUUAUCAAGUUUGAUUGCGAAACGUUGGACCAUUCCAAACAGAUUUUUGAUUUCCAAGAGCUGGUUACUGGCAAAAUCACAAACAUUGUUGGAAAGCUCUUGAACGACACAGAGUUGAUAUUUUUGGUUGAGCACAAGAGCCAAGAAACACACAGCAGUGUAAUUUUGGUCAACAUUGCUGAUACGUCCAUGGGAACCGUUCUCGGGUCGAGUAUAGUUAAAAGGGUGGACUAUAAAGAGGGUUUCAUUCCAAAAUACUUUGCAGUGAAUCCGCUGCGCAGGAUUGGCUGUUUGAUGGACUCGAGCCGAAAAAACUACGUGAUAGUGGAGAUCUAA